UUCUGCCCAACAUAUAUCCACUCGCGCCGAAUUUCGCCGACAAGUCUUUCCGUCCGCUCCUGUAUUUUUGGUCUAAUUAACUUAAAUUCGGUAUUUUGAAACAUUUCUUGUCAGUCGAAAGUUUGCGGCUUUUCGUGAAAGACGACAUCUUCGUGCAUAUCGAGUGCUCGAUUAAUAACUUAGCCCCUCCUUUUUUCAAUUACACUAAUAGUCCCUGAGAAUGGCGCCGCGCAACAAGGAACAAGAGGCUGAAGUGCUCAACUGGAUUGGAGCUGUUCUCGGCGAGAAGUUGUCUGGCGACUACGAGAAUGUCCUUCGCGAUGGAGUGGUUCUGUGCAAGCUCAUCAAUAAAAUUGUUCCGGGCUCCGUGAAGAAGAUCCAGGAACGCGGAACGAAUUUCCAACUCAUGGAGAACAUUCAGAGAUUCCAGGCGGCUAUCAAGAAGUAUGGCGUGCCUGAGGAGGAAAUCUUCCAAACUGCUGAUCUCUUCGAGCGCAGAAAUAUUCCCCAAGUCACUCUGUGCCUCUACUCUCUAGGAAGAAUUACUCAACUCCAUCCGGAGUACGCCGGACCAGCCCUGGGACCAAAGAUGGCCGAGAAAAACGAGCGCACGUUCUCGGAGGCCCAGCUGAGGGCCCACGAGGGCGAACUCAAUCUCCAGAUGGGCUUCAACAAGGGCGCCUCGCAGUCUGGCCAUGGCGGCUUCGGCAACACGCGUCACAUGUAGAUUUCACACGAAUCUCUUGUCUCUCUCUAAUGCACAAUUUGUAUAAUGUUCUUUUCUUUGAUCAGAAUUGACCUAGAGGUAAAUGCGCUUUUCUAUUUUUCCAACAUACUUAUUUCACAAACACUCAUGUUACAAGCGAUGAUAAUUGAAUGCACAAUAAAUUGCAUUUGAUGCCACCAUGCGAUGAGGAAACUUUUCUGUAUUUCUAAUGAACUCGCAAGGCAAAAAUUGA